UCUGGCAACACUGUCACACCAUCACAGGCGACCACCAAAACUCAAGUGAUUUAGUGACAAAAUAAUAAUAAUGCGUUUGACAGUUGGGAUGUGUUCUGCUCUUACUGAGGACGUCAUGACUAAACUACAGAAUUCUGGGAUUAGAAAUGUGACGGAUUUUAUGUUGAAAGAUCCAGAAUCCUUAGCAAUGGAAUCAUCAGUGAGUUAUAAGGACUUGUACAGUAUCCGUCAAAUAAUUCGUGCACACUAUGCUGCCUUUGCUGUUUCUGGUGAUGACAUGCUGGAAGCAGCCAUAAAAACAGCAAUAGCUAUAACAACUGGGAACACGAAUCUGGACAACCUGUUGGGUGGUGGUCUGAUGGCAGGCGAGGUGAUGGAAGUGUGUGGUGGUUGGGGUGUUGGCAAAACCUCCCUCUGUGUGAACCUGGCUGUCCAUGCUGCUCUGAAGUUCGGUAAAAGUGUGCUCUAUAUAGACCCUCUUGCCAGUAUCAGUGCUCUAAGGAUUUCCUCUGUGGUAGAGGCUCUGUCUGAAGAACCUGAGUUAGUGGGACAAGCUCUUGCCCAUAUCAAGAUUGUGACACCCUCUGAUGUUUGGGGUGUAUUUCAAGCACUAGAAGUAGCUCGACAGCCACACUUCCUCACAAGAAAAAAAGAUAGAGGCAGUAAUGGUGGUGGUGAGAGUAGCUCCAUAAAAUCAAUGGGGAAGACUAAGUUAGUGAUAGUGGACUCUUUGCCUGCAGUUAUCUUACCUCUCCUAGCAGAGCCUAAGAAACAAGGUUUGGGCAUAAUAAACCAGUUGGCUGUAGCAUUAAAAAGCCUGGCCUCAGAGCAGCAACUUGCAGUGGUUGUUGUCAACAAUACCUGUAUUACACUGGCAGAUUUUAGCGGCCAAGGAGCCGAGUCCAACUCCAAAUGGAAACCUGCUCUUGGAAGAUUUUGGGCUCAUGUACCCCAUAUUCGUCUGUAUAUCGAGAGGGAAACCAGCUUACACACGAAGCAGGACCACCAGAAUAACUCCCCAUCUCCCUUAGAGGUUAAGGUCACCAUUUGGAAAGGCACAAGACUGAAAGAAGCAGAUGCAAAAAUUACUAUCUUCUCAGCAUGAUCAUAUCAGGUGGAGACAUCAGGUCCUGCAGCACCAAGGAACAUACCGCAGGAAGGAAUGUACCACCACAGCAAUUGUGAUUUGUACACCAGAUGAGUCAACCAUCACACUCGACCAGGACCUCAGCAAGAGAAUGAACACCUUACAGUAUGUGGCUGAGUUAGUUCCCCGCAGUAGAUGUAAGUGCUCAGUGGUUGUGUCCACCCCAUUACUUGACAGGUUAUUUUUUACUGAGUUGAGUGCUGGUGCUGCUGUGUUUCAGUUGUGUUCUUUGAAAGACUUUUUUACUUUUCUGAAGUUAUGUAGACUGAAGAAUGACUUGAGACUGUAUUUAAGGGAGAAUGACUUUUGAAGUUUGUAGAAGUGAGGUGAUUUUUUGGUGUUUUUGUGUUAUUCUGGAAGUACUUAAUUAUACAGCAGUUAAACCCGUUGAAUUCCAGUUCCUAGAGAAAAAAAAAUUUGGUCCCAAAAUUGCUUAGGCUUGCAGUUUCAGGCAUAAUCUUGAUCUCUAGGGUUUUGUUUGAAUCUCAGUAUAGAUACUCCUAAGCAUGCUGAUUCUGAAUCUCUGAUUAAAAUUUUUAUUGUCGGGUAAUUGGUGGUCAUAAUGAUGUUUGUAAGAUUUUAAUGGCAUUUGUCAGUGCUAAUUACUCGCCAACUAUGUUUUUAUUGUUUAAUUUUGUGGUGUUUUUGUGUUAUUCUGGAAGGAUUUAAUUAGUUUAAAUCCAUUAAAUUCCAAUUUUGAUAUAAAUUAAUUUUGAGCUCUGGGAUUUUGUUAAAAAUCUCAGUAUAGUUACUCCUGAGCAUGCUGAUUAAAAUCUAUGGUCCAGAAUUUGAUAACUACUAAUUAGUAGUCCUAAUGACAUUCAGAGCAUAAGAUAUUCAUCAUUGCUUACUUAUCAAUUGUCAAACACCUUUAUUUAUUUGCCAGUUUCUUUUGUACUUUGGUGUAUUCACUUUUCAUUUGUAAGAUUGUGUCUUGGGUAACAGGUGUAUUUUUUU